AUGUUCAUAAAAAAUAACAAAGAUAAGUCUAAUAGAAAUAAGAAGUCAGGCGUAUACCAAUUAACGUGUACAGAUUGUCCUAAAAUAGGACAAACCGGCCGUAGUUUUAUUACUAGAAUUAAAGAACAUCGGAGAUCAUAUAUUAAUCUAAAAGUUGAUUCAGCCUAUGCAUCACAUCUUAUUACAGAAAACCAUACUUUUAAUAACAACUUUAAAAUAUUACAUUUGGAAAACAAAGGUAUGAAAUUAAAUCUACUCGAAUCUCUAGAAAUUAAUAAACUUAAAAAUACUAAGAAUAUUCUCAAUGAUCAAAUAGAAACUAAUAAUUCACCACUUUUAAAUCUAUUUUAA